AAACGUAAACAAUUACCAUCUUGACACUAACUGAGCAGUUUUGCAGCUGGUAUUUAUAUGUUUCCCUUGUUUGUUUCUGUGCGAAACGCCUGUUAGAAUUUCAAAAUGGAAAAGAAGAGACGUUGUUUAGCAUUUCUGCGUGUGAUGGUUAUUUUUAUGUGUCCAAGUUUGUGUGAAGCAACUUGUGGAAAUACCAAUCCACCGACCUUGAACGAUAUUUCACACCGAGGAUGGGACGACAGGUCGGAAUAUUGGUCGGGUGGAGAGGGUUUAAUUCUGAGUGAUCGUGACAUAGACCAGGGGUGGUACAGCGCAGUUUUUAAUGGACGACAGUACCUAAUGACUGACUCUAGGACUACUCCAGACCUAACCGGUUGCAAUUCUUUGUAUCCUGUAUACCUGAAAGAGAAACAUCCUUCACUUGAUGAACUGAGUGAAGAUCCGGUAACAAUGACGGCAUGCGGGAUGGACUUUACGCUAGCCUGUGAAUUGGAAUACAACGUAUUGAUCAGAAAGUGCGGAAAGGAAGUUCAGUAUUACCUGAAACCUACUGCUGAAUACUCAGUAUACUGCUUCGAUCCCGGAGACAUCAUUUAUGAUCUAGAUGUACCAGCACCAGAUGACGUACACUUGGGAAAAGUACAAGCUAAACCUGAGCUGCGUUUCAAGCGUUCUACACAGACUAUACGAAAUAAACAUGUAACACAAUAUGAACCAUACAUACAAUUUAGCUGCUCAUUUUCUAAUUCAACAAACUAUUUUUACACAGUGCAGUGGAAAGUAAAUGACAAGACAGUGAUUGCCCUUGGACCUUCCCAAAACAUGGAUGACCUUUCUCUUCACGAAGAUAUGUUCAAGGACGUUACCUUUGACUUUAAGGUUCAAUGUUCAGUAGCUGUAUCAUCUGUUAAACAUGGUCAGCAAACACAACCAGUGUUCGGUGAAUACUACCUUGCUGGUGUCAAGAUUUAUAACUCAACCGUGUAUUUGAGAAAGGGUCGGUCAGUGGAAAUAGCUAUGUCAUCCACGCUUCCAAUCGGAUGUAAAUACAACGAUUUCACUGGCCGCUUCACUAGCAAGUUCUGCAAGGACGAACUCAGGAUUUAUACAGCAGAACCUCAGCAGUGUCUUCAAGAAACUGUUAACAACAUAGUUAAAAAUGAUUUUUCAAAAUGUGCGGAGUUUAUUCCGACGCUUCCUUUUGGUGAGAAAUGGGAUCCUCAGAAACAAUUUUUCUUUAAAAUUGUUACAUCAGAUAUGGACUACGAAGACAACAACGUUUUUAACCUUAAACUGAAAUUCAGUGAAGGAAUGAAACAUUCAUUCUGGAGAAAUAAAGCUUUACAAGAUGUUCGGGUUAUUGUAACGGACAGAAAAGAAUAUAAAGAAAAGAUAUGUUACUCCCAUGUUGACCCACACAUGAGGACGGCCGAUGGCUACUAUUAUGAACAGCAGCAAGAAGGGAGAUUCGUCCUUUACUACAAUAAAGAAUAUAGAAUCGAGAUCCAAGAAAGAACAAUGAAAUGCAACAACAAUAGAGCAACAUGCACGUGCGGUAUUUCUAUACGAGCAGGCAAGGAUGUUUUUAUUGCAGACCGAUGUGGAAAAACAAACUACAUUGGCUUUUCAGAAUGCAACGAUGGUGGGAUUCUUCAAGUUGUAAGAGUUGACAGCUAUAAGUAUACGGUUUUUACACCCAUUGGAACGAAAAUUACCAUAACACUACAUCGAAGCAGUACGUAUGCUAAAUUCAUGAAUAUAGACAUCGUCAUGGCACCUAAAGAUAAAAACAAUGUACAAGGAUUGUGUGGAAAUUUUGAUGGUGAUAUGACAAACGACCUUGUUCACAGUGAUGGAACUAUAUCUGAACUGAAAAACAAGAGAGGUGGUAGUCAUCAUGAAGACUUUGCAAAUAGCUGGCGAGUACCUGACGAAAGGACCCCUAAUUCACGAAAGAAACGUAAUCUAGAAAGCUGGGCGAACUUGAACGGUAUGUACUGUGUAUGUGAAGAAGGCAAAAGUGGACGGGCUACAGCGGAAGCGUUUUGUUCGAGUACUCAAUAUUUAGACUGUACAAUGAAAAACUCUAUUACCAAAAGUAAAUGUCACAUUCUAAAUACCCGUAAAAGGAGGUCUCCAGGGUCACAUGCCAAAGAGAUGGAAAGACUUUUUACAAUGAUGGAACCAGUCAAAAGUCAUCAUGUCCAAAAGCGUCAAACAAAUGAGGACCAAAUAACUUCUGCCGAGGCCAGCGACAUUUGUUCACAAAGGAUUAAUGGCUCACUGGCAUUCACAUCAUAUUCGCAUGUGACGGGUUCAGAAAAUCCAUCUGCGGUAAUUGGACAAUGUAUGUUUGAUGUCAAGGCUGGCAAUGACAAAUCCCUGGCCGACGUUCAUGUGGAUUCUGUAAAUACAAUUGUGAAAAAAAUGAUGGAUGAAAUACCAACAUAUGUCGAAACCAAUGUUAAAGAAGUACAAGUGUUUCUACAGAACUCAUGCAUACAUAAUUGCAGUAACAGAGGCGACUGCUCUGAAGCUGGCGAAUGUAUCUGUUCACAAUACUAUCACGGUGCUGACUGCGGAAUUGACGAGAGGGAUCCUCCUAUAAUUACCGACAUUGAGGGCGGAGGGAUUUGUGAUGUCAAUGACGGUGAUGAAUGCAGAUGUUUUUACUUGCGAGGUGACAACCUUCUGGAUGGACUCAAAUGCCAGAUUGUCACAACUGAGUAUUCAAUAUUCAACGAGGUGAUAAAUGUAACGCAUGAGAUGUUAGCAGGAGGAAGUGAAGAUAUCUUUACUGGUGUGUGUUGUAUUCCUGAUGAGAAACGAUUUUCAACUGAUAUGUUUGCGAGGCUGCAUAACAUAUCAUUAAGCAACGAUGGGAUUCAUUAUGGAGAAUUCAACAAGAUGUAUGUCUUUGACUCCACUUGCCAAGACAUAGAUGAACAGACUCCUGGUAGACCAUCGUUUACAUUAAAGAACGGAUUCUGUUUUAUUGAAAAUGCUUGCAUAAAGAACCAGUCUACGUUUCUGUCGGAAAACAAUACAUGUUUAAUGUGUGACGUAUCUGCUGCAGUUACUGAAUGGACGGAAACAAAUUUGGAAACAUGUGUUCCAACAACAACAACAACAACAACAACAACAGCUACGUCCAGUAAUAUAAAUUCGAAUAAAACAUCAACACCUAUGCCUACCACAGCAGCAACAACGGUGGUAGAAACUUCGAGCACAGAAAAAACUUCAAAGCCAUUACCGGCCGGUACAUCUAUAAACGCUACCUCCAAAAUACCGAAAGAAAUAUCGACACCGUUCUCUGCGACAGACUUACCUGCGAAUGAAACUACGAUUAUGUCAGUACCAAGUUCGAUGACAGAAACAACUCUGGAAGGGGCAACAUUGGACACAGAAACAACUUUAUCCAUUUUACAGACAGAUUCAACUAUAUCAACUACAGAUACGUUAGUGGCAGUAUCAAACACAGAAACAUCUUCUCUGACUUUACCGGCAGAUGCUUCCACAAAGGCACCUACACCUUCAAAGUCAUUGAAUUUACCGACAUAUUCGACACCGUCUCCAGUUCUAGUGAAAGUAACAAAUACGCAGCCAACUUUCCCAGCUUUGUCAACAGAUGCAUCUUCCCCACAUUUGUCAACAGCUGCAACUUCCCCACCUUUGUCAACAGACGAAACUUCCCCACCUUUGCCAUUAGAUCAAAAAUUCCCACCUUUGUCAACAGACGCAACUUCACCACCUUUGUCAACAAAUGCAACUUCUCCAUCUUUAUCAACUUCAACGUCUAAGACACUGUCGACAUCAAUAACCCAAAUGGCUGCACACUUUACCGAACCAACUACAAAACCUCGCACAACUUUAAAAGUUCUUGAAAUAACACCAUCGACGACUUCGUUAAAACAACCUACGCUGGCAUCACCCCUGUCAACAAAACCGUGUUACUUGUCAGUUGUACGACGUUUGAAAAACAAAAUAAGAAAGAUUACGUUACGAAAAGAGAGGAAGAUGGCGAAAAUUCAACGAAUGAAUCGACAACUCUUGCGACUGAAAAUGCGACUGGAAAGCCUUAUAGGACAUGAUCCCGCUGGAACUUAACGACGAACAACAUUGAACCAAUGUUCUUUACUAUCCUGCAAUAGCAGUAAUAUUACAAUGCCUGAUAGGCGAUAAGACAACCUGUUUAAACAGUUAAAGCAGCACUAUGCAAAUAUUUACGCAAAAAAUAUUUGAAUGUAACCAAUGGAUUAUUUAUUCUCCAUAUUGACCUUUUAUAUUUAGGGUUGUAAAUAUUGUAUAUUAGCUCGACUAUUUCUUUCUUAAAAGGUCGUAGGGCUUUUGUUGCCAUCCUUCCGUAGGCGUUGAUGUCGGAAUCCUCGUUCAUUUCCCUUAAACUUUUUAAGUUUUUGCCCUUUUUAUACGUCCGUUUGAAAAACGGGACGUAUUAUGGGAACGCCCCACCCCUGGCGGGAGGGUGGGCGGGCGACAUCCACAGACUUUGUCCGAAGCAUAUCUUCUUCAUGCAUGAAGGUAUUUUGAUGAAACUUGGCACACUUGUUUACCGUCAUGGAGUGUCAUGCGCAAGAACCAGGUCCCUAGGUCUAAGGUCAAGGUCACACUUAGAGGUCAAAGGUCAAAUUCAAGAAUGACAUUGUCCGGAGCAUUUCUUCUUCAUGCAUGGAGGGAUCUUGAUGAAACUUGGCACAAUUGUUCACAAUCAUGAGACAGACUGUCAUGUGCAAGAACCAGGUCCCUAGAUCUAAGGUCAAAGUCACACUUAGAGGUCAAAGGAAACAAGAAUGAAAAUUUUGUCCGGAGCAUUUCUUCUCCAUGCAUGGAGGGAUUUUAAUAUAACUUGGCACAAAUGUUCACCACCACGAGACAGAGUGUCAUGCGCAAGAACCAGGUCCCUAGGUCAAGGUCACACUUAGAGGCCAAAGGUCAGAUACAAGAAUGACUUUGUCCGAAGCAUUUUUUCUUCAUGCAUCAAGGGAUUUUGAUGUAACUUGGCACAAUUGGACACCAUCAUGAGACAAAGUGCCAUGCGCAGGUCCCUUCUUUAGAAUUACUUCCCUUUGGUGUUACUAUAAAUAGCUUAUAUUGUAACUUUUUCAUUAGUAGUCGUAGGGAAAAAUCGGGACCACUUUUUUGCAGUGCAUGUUACAUCCAAUUUUGAGAUGUAUUUUGACCAAUCUCUACCUGGUAAGGAUUUUUAUGUGGACUUACAAUUAUUUUUUGGGGGGGUUGGGGGGAAUUUUUCUUUUUUUUUUUCUUUUUUUUAAGAUUAACUUCCCUUAGUUGUUACUAUAAAUAACUUAUAUUGUAACUUUUUUAUAACUGACCGUAGGGAAAAACCAAGACCACUUUUCUGUGGUACAACAUAGAUGUUACUUUCAAACUUUAGGUGUAUUUUAAGGUAUCUCUACCUGGUAAGGAGUUUUUAUGUGUAUUUAGAAAAACAAAAUAAUUACAAUAAUAACUAAACAACCACAAAAUUAAAAUUUCAUUUGCAAAUACAAGUGCUAGAGUAAAGAAAUUUGGUGUGACGGGCGUAUAUUGUGACAUUCUGGCACUCUUAUUUAUGUUUGUUAAAGUGUUGCAUGUAAGCAGGUUUCUGGGAAUCACUAGGGCAAAUGCUUUUAAAAUGUAUUUGGCACCAUGGGAAUUCCUCAAAGUUACAUAACUCGAGCAUUUAUUGCGUUAGCAUUAGGCUCCUUUUUAACAUAGAAAAUUGAUAAAAGUUUUGUAUGCUAGCAUGUUUCUUGGGGACCAUCUGAUUACAUGUUUUCUCUACACAUCUUUACUAUGACUAUACAUGGCAAGUUUAAUAACUCUGGCUGAUAUUUUGGCAAAAUAUGCUCAUUUUUCAACUUAGAAAACGUUACUAAAGUUUUUGUAUAUAAGCAAGUAUUAUAAGUGGAAGGACCUCAACAGUCGAGCACUCUGUCAUUAGAUCAUGUUUUAUUCUGAAAUGCUUUUCUUGAUCAUUAUCAUGUUUUAUUCUGAAAUGCUUUUCUUGAUCAUUAGAUCAUGUUUUAUUCUGAAAUGCUUUUCUUGGUCAUUUACAUUUUGUUUUAUUCUGAAAUGCUUUUCUUGGUCCAGGUAAAACAAUCGCUUAUUUAGCCUAA